AAUAAAUUACUUAAGAAACGUCUUUCCAAACACAUGGAUUACAAAGGAUUUUCUAGCUCUAGUACGUCUUUCAAUGGCUUCGGAAAUCGUACUCAAGCAAAUUUUAAUUUAGCGGGUCCUAGCGGCAGCACUGGACUUAACCGACCUGUUCAAAAUAACAUCGCGAAUGGGGUUAAUAGUGGUGGUUAUCCUCCAACAACAUCUCAAAACACGAAUAUGAGAAUGGGAAAAUGUACGUGCUGCGAUAGUACUUUGCGAUUUCCAAUCACAGUGUCUUGUUUCCGAUGUACCGUAUGUCAAACUAUCAAUGACUUGAAGCCAUCUAUACAAAGAUCGGAACCCAUCACUCCGUUAACAUUGGACAGAAUUCGAUCAAUGAUUGAUACUUGUAUAGUUCAUAGCAAUGGAAAAGGUACUCCAAACUAUGAAUUACUAGAACAAGCUAUACAAAAAGCUUUUUCUAAUUGGUAUAUUUUGAAUGAAAGUUUUAGUAACGGUCGACCUGUCGCUUUGGACGAUUGUGGUGUCGCAUUAGAUGAUGUUAGAGAAGCAUACAGAAUUAUAUGUGAUUUGCCUGAAAGUGUUAUAAGGUCAAUGAUGAAAUCAACUGAGAAUAUAUUGAAACGCCCUGGAAGAAUGUUAAAACGCAAGGAGGACAUAAAAUUCUUAAUGAUAAUUCUCGAGAACCCACUCCUUGGGCAACAUAAUUAUCCUCAAGAGUUAUAUCAUCAUCAUGACAUUAUAAAAAGAAUAUUUGGAUUACUUUCUAAUUUAAGCAAUGAACUUCAUCAUUAUUUAGUUAACUGGUUUACACGAUUAUCCGUUAACAUUUUCCGAAAACGUAUAGAAUUAGUUAAUUCCUUUAUCACAUUUUUACUAAACAAGCAACGCAACACGAGCCCCAGAAUUCCGCCCGAUUACGAGUCAGAUUGGAAAAUUAGCUCUGCUGCACGAGUUAUGGCGUUGUUAUUUGCGGCGAAUAAACAAUCAUCUAAGGUCUCGCUAUCAGAUUUUUAUAACACAUUUGUAGAUUACAUCGACUUACUAACAGAUUACAAUACAUGGGAACAGCGGUCUGGGAAAUUUGCAUUCUGUCAGUAUCCAUUUUUAAUAAGUAUGGGAGGAAAAAUAAAAAUCAUUGAUUAUGAUGCAAAACGACAGAAGGAUAUGAAAGCGCAGGAAGCUCUCUAUACAAUAUUUUUUUAUAAACGUAUUACGACACCAACAUUAAACUUAAAGAUAAGGAGGGAUUAUUUAAUUGAAGAUUCAUUGAAACAAAUUGAAAAUUCAUUGAAACAUAUAGAAGAUUAUAAUUCAGAAAUUGGAAUGGAGCUGAAAAAAUCAUUGAGAAUAGAGUUUGUUGGUGAAGAUGGUGUUGAUGCAGGUGGUUUAAGAAAAGAGUGGUUCUUAUUAUUGGUUAGACAUUUAUUUGAUCCAAAGUUUGGUAUGUUUACUUGGGAUGAGGACUCUAAGCUAUGCUGGUUUAAUCCUGCAAGUUUAGAAACAAGUGACCAAUAUUAUUUAGUUGGAAUAGUUAUUGGGCUCGCAAUCUAUAAUUCCACUAUAUUAGAUGUACAUCUUCCCUUAGCAUGUUAUAAGAAAUUGUUUGGUAUAUAUGUUGGUUUGGAGGAUCUAAAGGUAUUUCAACCGUCCUUUGCAAAAGGUUUAGAACAACUUCUUACAUUUGAAGGAGACGUUGAAUCCACAUUUUGCCGCGAUUUUGUUGGUGAAUACGAAGCAUUUGGCGAGUUAAAAAGAGUUCCUCUUAUACAUAAUGGCGAAAACAUGCCUGUAACAAAAUAUAAUAGGGGAGAUUACGUUGAAAGAUACGUUAAUUUCGUGCUUAAUGAUUCUAUUACAGAACAGUUUGAAUCAUUUAAGCGCGGAUUUUACCAUGUUUGUGGUGGUAAUGCUUUGUCUCUUUUCCAACCUGAAGAGAUCGAACUUUUAGUUCGAGGUAGCGCAGAACCACUAGAAAUUGAUGAGCUAAAAGCGGUGACUGUAUAUGAACGUUUCAGUGAAGAUGAAGAAACGAUUAGAAACUUCUGGUCCUUAUUUCGAGAGAUGGACCCUCAAAUGCAAAGAAAACUAUUGACAUUUGUAACAGGAACGGAUCGAAUUCCAGCUACAGGGUUGGCAAAUUUAGCAUUUAAAAUUUCAUGCAUUGGAGAAGAUAGCGAGAGAUUUCCGAUUGCGCAUACUUGCUUUAAUCAACUUUGUCUAUACCGGUAUCGUUCUCGAAAGAAAUUGGAAGAAAAAUUAAAAAGAUCUAUAAUGGAAAGUGAAGGGUUUGGAUUGAAAUAAUACGAUACAAAUAAUUUAUGUCAACUCUUUUUCAUUUAUUAUUUUGCAUUGCAUUUCUGUUUUAAUAUCGUUUUUUUAUCCUUGAAGGUUUUUUUACUUCAUUCAUAAUAAUCAUUGACGUACUUUUUUUGGAUAAUAAUUUUGUAACAAAAUUCUUUUUUAUAUUUAUUUUUAAUUUAACUCGUGUCUCGACUGAUAGACCCAGUGUACUUUAGUUAUUUAUAUUAUGAAAUUGACAGUCUAUUUAUACCCAAGAAAAAAAGAAUUAACGUUUAUAUAGUAAUAUUAUGCACCCUAUUUUUAUACAUAUUCUUUAAAUUUUCAAACAUUCAUUCAAUCGGUCAUAGCACUUAAAAAUUCGAUUUUCG